UUAUUGAGUGGUUUAAACUCAGGAUCCAGCGUAUGGAUGAACAAAAGAGCUCAGAAGUUACUCAUGAACUUAGAUGGUUAUCCCGUGGACCAUCUGAGGUAGUAAGAAGAUACACAGGUUAUGCGAUUAAUGGUUUUAGAUUCCACACAAAGAAGAGAGAGAGAUUUUUGAAAACACAAAAUAGUGGAGUUGUUGUAAAGACAAAGACCUCAACAGAUGAAAUUAAUUACUAUGGGGCAAUAACUGAUAUACUGCUGUUGGAUUAUUCUGAAAAGUACAAGUUUGUGUUAUUUAAAUGUGAUUGGGUUGAUAUUAAUAAAGGUAUCAAGAAAGAUAAGUUUGGUAUGACGCUUGUCAAUUUCAAAUUUUUAAAACAUACUGGGAAAAAUAUUUGUGAUGACCCAUUUGUGUUUGCAUCACAAGCUAAAAAGGUGUUUUAUAUAUAUGAUGAGAGAAACAAGGAUUGGCUUGUUGUUCUCAAUGCAAAAGUUAGAGAUAUCUAUGAUAUGGGUGAUGAGGAAUCUAAUGAAAUUGAAGAAAUUCAUGGGCAACUAAUGGGCGAUACAAGUGAAGCUACUCAAAAUGUUAAUGAUUUGGUUAGGCUUCAAGUUGAAGACGAUAAUGAUUUUUUUGAAGUUGUUGAUGUUGAUAAUAUGGAUGAUGAUGAAGAUAAUGAAGAUGAUGAGGAAGACGAAUGAAGUGUGUUCUAAUUGUGCAUGAUUUUAUACAUUAUGUUUUUAUUAUACUUUUAGAUUUGUCUAUGUUUUUCUUAUACUUUUA